CCCACCUGAGGUGUAUCUGGGAUCUGUCUGGAACUAAAUUAACAACCGCAAGGAGUAGUGAUCCACAGAUUUUAGACGCAGAAGCCAAUUAAGCCAAAGCCUCUUCUAUUCCGCCAACAACUAUUUGAACCAUCUGAACACCAGCUCGAAAACCUGUUGGAUUUUGGAUUUCCCGAAAAACCUUGACAAAUAUAGCCAGGCGCUGAGUUUCUUUCAAGGACAAGCAAUUAGUUUUUCGGUAUUAUGUAUGCGAACCAAGGUCUGAUGUUUAACGACUUUCCAAUGGAUCAAAAUACAAUAAGAGACUUAAAUCGUCAUGAAAAAAGCCUAGGUCUCCUUACUGAAAAGUUUGUUCAACUUCUGAAAGAGGCACCAGAUGGAAUUUUAGAUCUUAAAAUGGCAGCAGAAUUCUUGGCUGUACGGCAGAAACGUAGGAUCUACGAUAUCACAAAUGUUCUCGAAGGGAUUGGUUUGAUAGAGAAGCGAACCAAAAAUAGCAUCCAAUGGAAAGGUGGAAGUGCAGCUACAAAUGGUCCAGAUAUUCAGGCUCGUUUAGAUGAACUACAAGCCGAGGUUGAAUAUCUUGAAAAUUUAGAAAAAAAAGUAGAUGAACAUAGAGGAAAAGUAUUGCAAUCAUUAAGAAAUGUUCAAGAAGAUCUAGAUAAUCUUCAAUAUGCUUAUGUUACUCAUCAAGAUCUUAUCAACAUCUUUCAAGAUCGUACAAUGUUAGUUAUACGUGCACCACCGGUACAAGAAUGGAGGCACCUGUACCUGAAAACCCUAUGGAACAACCUGUUCAAACAAUAUUUUCAUUAAAGCGUUCAUACAAAAUUCACUUUAAAAGCUUCACAACACCAAUUCAUGUACUGUUAGUAAAUCAAGAAGAAGGUAGUGACAAAGCUCGUGUAUUACCAGUCCCAGCAACUUCGGAUGCAAUCGCACUGUCUCGUCGUCCAACUACAAGAACUACCGAGGAGAAUGCAUUCGUCAGUCCAUUAUUGCCAUUGAGUCCACCACCAAGCGAAUGUGAUUUCAACUACAGCCUAGAUGAAACGGAAGGUGUUUGCGAUUUGUUUGAUGUACCUAUUACUUCCACUUCUAGUACAAAAUAAUCCGGCAGAAUGUAUAUCAAUGAUAUAAUAAUGAUAAUAAUGAAAGCUGUGUACAUAAAUAUCAAGUUUAUUUGUUUA